UGCAGAACGCAGACAGUCCUUCGUCUCCCCUCCCGAUCCUCUCUGUCCAUGCCCCCUACCGCCUCUCCCUCGUCUCCGGCCUCUCCGCCGCCAGUCUCGUCCCCAACUGCCUGGGGACUCCUGAUCCCGCCUGCCGCUCCCCUUUCAGCUUCCCGAUCCCGAUCCCGCCCCAGGAAUCGUCGGCGCUGGACCUCCGGCGAGGUGGAGAUCGACGGAGUAGGACGGGGAGGAGGCCUACGGCGAGACAGGGGCUGCUGUGCCGGCGACGGUGACGGGCUUUUUUUCGGCCUACCGGGCCAACCGUGCCCGGGCCGGCGGGACCGGGCUCAUGUGCCGUGCCUGGGCCGGGGGUUGGCCUUAGCGGGCCGGCACGGCCCGUUUAAAAGUUAGCGCAGCCGAAGGGGCGGCGGCGCACGCCGCACGGCUUAGGAAUGCCUCCACCACAGCACCGGGAUGCAAAACCGCCGCAUGUCUCUUCGCCUCCUCCUCCUCCCACCUCGCAGCGGCAUCCUCCUCCAUCUCCUCUCCCCUCUCCGCCGCCGCCUCCCGGCACCUCUUCGGACAGCUGCCGCCGUAGGCGUCCCACCUAGAACCUCCAGCUUCCUCGCUCUCCCCACCAUCCGCGCCUUCACCGGCCCCCCGGGCAUGGCGUUGGCUGGGGCGCCGCAGCGGUGCGUGGAGGUCAGGGAGAGUGUGGAGCUGACGGAGGAGGAGGAGAGGAUCUUCCGUCGGCUGCUCGACGUCGUCGCCCACUUCGGCCUCGGCACCCAGCUCCGCGUCGCCGGGGGAUGGGUCAGGGACAAGCUGUUGGGGAAGGACUCUGCUGAUAUUGACAUCGCACUUGAUAAUAUGACGGGCCAAAAUUUCUGCGAGAAAGUAAAUGAGUACUCCGAGUUGAUGGGUGAGGAGCAAAAAGGAAUUGGUGUUAUCCAGUGCAACCCUGAUCAAUCCAAGCAUUUGGAAACUGCAAGAAUGCUCAUAUAUGAUAUCUGGAUUGAUUUUGUCAACUUGAGGUCCGAAAAGUAUGCUGAAAACAGUCGUAUUCCUACCGUGGAGAUCGGUACAGCCAAAGAAGAUGCAUUACGCAGGGACCUAACAAUUAAUAGCUUAUUCUUUAACAUCAACACUAAAUCAGUGGAAGAUUUAACUGGAAGAGGUCUUGAAGAUCUGAAAAAGGGCCUCAUUGUUACUCCUUUACCGGCCAAGUCAACCUUCCUGGAUGACCCCCUCAGGGUUCUUCGAGCAAUUCGGUUUGCUGCCAGAUUCAGCUUUACAUUAGCUGAAGAGUUGAAAGAAGCCGCAUCUGAUGAAAAGGUGAAGUCUGAACUUGGUACAAAGAUCAGCCGAGAACGCGUUGGUCACGAGGUAGACCUCAUGAUGUCAGACAAACACCCUGUCAAUGCAAUGUGUUAUAUCCGUGAUUUAGGAUUAUUUUAUGUUGUUUUUGCUUUUCCUGAGAAACUCGACCCUCCAGUUCUUGACAAACAUGAUUGGCUUUGUGUUUCACAUAUUGAAGUAGCGUGGAAUCUUGCACGUUCUAUUGGCCGCUCAGUGUUCAGUGGUGGUUCUGAUUCCAAGUCACAGGAUGAACAGCAAAGGCUUUGCCUGUAUAGUGCAUUAUUUACCCCAGUUCGGAAUAUGGUCUACAUGGACAAAAAAUCAAAGAAGGUUCCCGUUGUUAGCUAUAUUAUUCGGAACUCUCUAAAGUUGAAAGCUAGUGAUGCUGACACGGUACACAAUCCUGAGCAGAUUGUGAACAUACAUGUUGCAAGUGAAAAGUUUGCCGAAUUAAUUGUUCUCUUUGAGUCAAAUGAAAAUCUGGAAAUUGUUAAAGAGAAGCUGGAUGAUGAAUAUCUCGAGAUACCAACGGACUUAGUAAAACGUGUUUUGGCAGGACUUAUACUUCGUGAAAUUAAAGACUUUUGGCGUGUGGCACUUUUUAUCUCAACUCUCAUCCAUCCAGAAGUUGACAAGCCCAGUGGUUCCCUCAGCCAGCAGGAUGAGCUACAUCUAAGGAAGGAGAAAUACAUCAGUGUUGAGCGUUCAAUAACUGAGCUUGGUCUCGACAGUGUGUGGAAAAUGAAGCCGUUGCUAGACGGGAAGGCCAUCAUGGGGACCAUGCAGGUCAAGUCAGGAGGUCCCUUGAUUGGGAAAUGGCAACAAAGGCUGGUGAAGUGGCAGCUCGCGCAUCCGGAAGGGACCGUGGAGGAGUGCAUGGAGUGGAUGAAGCAAUCACAGCAGUCGAAACGUCAGAAAGUAGAAUGCGGCUCCGGCUCCUGAGGAUCAUCCGACAUUAGGAGCAUAGGCAGUCCUGAGAAUUCAGCUAAGGUAACACAACACAGGCUUUCCAUGGCACCAGUCCGCUUGGUCGCCGUGGUAGAGCCCCAAGCUGACAUAACAAGCCGUCUGUGGUAAAAUUUGUCUUUCAUGCUUGGUAGGCACCUUGAUCCUGACCAGCUUUGUGGGACUGUAGUGUCUCUUACCCUGAAGAGAAAGAUACUCCGAUAUGUUUUUUGGGGGUCCUUUUGAGGGGUCGAACUGGCAUGUAUUUUAGUUGGCUUGUUUAAAUUAAAAAAAAUGCAGCUAAUUUGACCUGA